AUGUCAGCGAAUCCUCCUCGCCAAAGCACACAGUCGCCACCUGAAGCUCAAAAGACCUCAUCUGCAAACCCACCGCAGAAGGGUAGCUCGAAACAUGAACAUGGAUGGAGAAGAGUUGUUCGCAAUUUCACCCCAUCAUGGUUCUCCGUAACAAUGGGCACAGGAAUAGUCUCAAUCCUCCUCCACAACCUUCCCUAUAACGGAGUAUGGCUUUACUGGAUCUCCGUAGUAAUAUUCGCCCUAAACGUCCUCCUCUUUGCACUGGGGACUAUAAUCAGUUUUCUUCGCUACACCCUAUACCCCGAGAUCUUCACAGUGAUGAUCACGCACCCGGUACAGUCAAUGUUCAUGGGAACGUUUCCAAUGGGUCUAGCGACGAUAAUUAACAUGGUCGUUUUCGUCUGCGUACCUGUUUGGGGUGUAUGGGUAAGAUAUUUUGCGUGGGGACUGUGGAUUUUCGACGCGGUUAUUUCGGUCUUGACAGCUCUUUCGUUGCCUUUUAUUCUAAUGGCCAAAGGAAGCGAGACGCAUUUAUCUUCGAUGACGGCUGUUUGGCUUUUACCGAUUGUUAGCUGUAUUGUGGCGGCUGCGUCGGGGGCAGUUGUUGCCGAGAUCCUGCCUAAUGAACAGUAUGCUCUGUGGACAGUCAUCGCCAGCUAUGUGCUUUGGGGAAUGGGUCUCCCGCUUGCCCUAAUGGUGAUGGUUAUUUAUCUGAUGCGAUUGACUCUUCACAAACUACCGCCGAAAGCGGUGAUUGUGAGUGUAUUUCUUCCUCUGGGUCCGCUUGGGCAGGGGGGGAUAUGGGUAAGUUCAAGCUCAAGCAUCUACAUCUCCGCAAUGAAACUAGGCCAAUGUGCCCAGCUGAUCUUCCCGCAAACGAAGACACUGGAACAAUCGUCCGGGUCUACAUUUUACACAUUGGGAUUUCUGAUUGCACUGAUUCUGUGGGGCUUUGGGCUUGUCUGGUUGUUUUUUGCGUCUGCCUCGAUUAUAAGGUCCAAGAGCUUUCCGUUUAAUAUUGGGUGGUGGGGUUUCACGUUUCCGUUGGGGGUGUUUGCGGCGAGCACGGUGCAGAUGGGGAAUGAGCUUCCUUCGAAGUUUUUCCAUAUUCUCGGGACGGUGGUGUUUGCUAAUUGUGGUUUUUUUUUGCAGAUUUUGUCUGUUCUGGUGGUGAUGCUGUGGAUAGUGGUUAGUAUGGGGACUCUGCGGGGGGUGGUAUCUGGGAAACUGUUCCACGCGCCAUGUCUGGGUAAUUUGAAGGGAGGGGAGGAGGGAGAGGAGAGGAAGAGGAGGGGAAAAGAGGUGUAA